AUGGUCAAAUUGUAUUCCGUGCACCCGCAUCACGAGCACACAAUUACAAAGGCGCUUCUGGUGCUGUUUGCAGAUGCAUUGUGGAACAAGGAAGGAGCCAAUGCAAUCACAUCUUUGGUGCAGCUUAGCCUUUCCCCCCUAGAUGACUCAGCCUUGGCUCUGUACCACAAGGUGUUUAGGGAGUCAAUUCAAGGAACAGCAAAACCAAGCUUCAACUAUGUCCGCACACACGCCGCACUGAGGUCUCUUGCGGUGACAAACCUGAUCAUAGGGAGUUUGCUGCCUGAACUUGAUAAGAAGAGAUCAUUCAUAAGGAUAAUUGAAAAAGUCGUCAAAAAAACGGCUCCCAAGAACGAAACUCAGGAGGAAGCAGAAGUCAAGGAGGUGGUGAAAGUACUGAACCGAUUUUCAGGAGCCUCCGUUGAAAGGAUCCGACAAGAUAGCAGAGCAAUGGCAGCAGUUCAGCACAUUAUCUGCAAUGUACGAGAAGGGAAAAGGGGCGGUUUUGCUGGACUGUUUGAAUCCUUAGCAUCAGAAUCAAUUUUUACCAUUGCCCAUAGCAUCCUCCACACAGGAGCAAGCUUGGGUUUCUCAUUCCAGCCCAUGCUGACAUCAGGACUCAGACUUGUCCAAGGCUGUCUUAGGAUGGCUAUGAAGAUUCAGAGUAUGGCCGGGCCGGCUCUGCUAUUACCUGGAGGAGUUGUGGGAACGGUUCUUCAGUAUUUUCUCCGAGCUUUUAACCUCAUGUUCUUCCCGCCGCUACUGGCUGUUACUGGGGGGCUUGCCGGAGCAAUGGGGGUGGCAUGCUUACUGGGGGUGCCAACACUCCUGUCCGAAAUAUACAACUUUGUCAGCAACAAAGUUCUGAAAGGCGUAACUGCUGCCUACAAGCAUAUUCAACUUUUUCGACUGCGAAGCGAUCCUCAUGGGGCUAGGCUUUUGAAGAGUGCCUUUAGUGGCAAAUUCGUCGUCAUGCUAACACAGCUCUGGCAGCUGGAUUCCGUUGGUGUGGAGACACUUGAGAAUUCGGAACAACGUAUUCUACUGACAAAAACCAAGCUGAUUGUGAGUUUAAAUGCUUCACUCAAGCACGCAUUGGAUUCAUUAGUUGCAAAUAUCGUAGUCAAGCCAAGGCUACAAAGAGAUGUUCAUAAUUUUACUUCUGGUGUGGCCGGCAUAAAGAGGCAAUCCGCAAGUGAAAAGCGUGAAGACUUGUCCUUAGUGUCACAGCGAUUAGAAGCGUUUGCUGAGGUGGACCUGCCACCCGAAUUGGAGAUGGCCGAACCAGAACUCAAAGUAGUUGAGGACAAAUCAGUAACAUCGGCAGAAGCCACUCUACUUGGGAAGUAUGCGGCCAAGAGGGAUCUGAUGAUGAUGUCUCUUCUGCGACAGUCUCUACGGAAGCUUAUCAGGGCAUUUGACAGCAUUUUUGGACGCCUAGAAAAGAUGGUCAGGGCUACAGUAGGACGAGACAGGGUUCAAACUUGCAAAUUGUCUGAUCAGAAAAUGUGCUUUAACACAGAUGAAGCGACAAAAGCGAGAUUUGCUGUCCUACAGUUUGUUCUAGCUGCCCACCUUGGCGUCUCAAUUGGAAUGGAUGAGAAACUAGCUGAAUCCUCCCAGGAUUUAAAAGAAGAUUUCAUGUCCCUUGUUAAAGAUGCAGCAUGGUUUCGCUACCGCUCCCCUACAUCCAGGGUACUUCGAAGGAAGACUCAGUGGGGUCUUGACCUCCUAAUAGAUCAUUUAUUCCCCCAGCGCAAAGCUGAAGGGAAAAGGGAUGGCCCUAUUUCAGAGGAACACCUGACGACAAUCGAGCUCGCUGUGACCUCCAAUCAGUCGGCUGCUAGCAGCGUCGUGAGAAAACUAUUUAAGUUGACCCGCCUGCAGUGUCUCAACAACGGCGCACUCUUUGUGCUGACCACGGAUCUGGGGAUCGCCAAAGUUUUCAGGCCAGCACCCCCAAUCACGCCUGAGAUGAAAAGAUCCCUAUGCACACCGGAGCACGAAUUCGUCGAAUUCAAUGCUUGGUACACGCAAAAUGAUGUGGGGGGCCGCUUACACGUGCCAGGCCUUGCGGGGAUUAACGGCUUCAUGGUAGACUCUGGAAUUGUUUUAAGGGCUAGGCAUGACGACGAAAGCGCUGCGCACCUAAUUGAAGCUGCCCUGUGGUCGAAAGGCAUUCCGCGAGUUGACGCCCUCAAGGCUGCAGACCUCCUCGUUGCGACGAAGAGAGCUCUCUACAGCGAUCGGAGCUGGAAGGAGUUUUUCAAUGAUUGGACCCCAACAGAUCUGGAUUACGUGCAGCACAAUAUUUCCGCGGGAAUGCACCUUGACAGGGAGACCUACGUCGACGAAGAGCGAAAGGCGCUGUAUUCCUUGGAUGUUUCCGCCGAAGGGUUCCUCGAACUGUUGGUUAGGUCUCUUGAAUCUACCUUGAUCACAGCAGGAAGCUUAAGCGCCGGCCUCUCAGAUUUGGCACUGAUUUUCCCUGUAGCUGUGGGACUGGAGGCCGUAAAGAUGGCGGAGAAGAAUGUCACUGGCUUAACGAGUAUGUUGGGAAGGUUUCAAGUAAUCUUAUGGGAUGAAUAUGCUGCGGAAAAACAGCGGAGCAGGGUUGCAAGAGUAGUUCCCCACUUCCAAAGCUCGGUCGGCUCUGUAGCUCCACCUCAACGAAGGACGAACGCUUUCUACAGGCCCUCAAUCAGUGAUGCCUUUGCUCGUGAAGAGGGAACAAUUGACCCACUCUUCGCUGACUGGUGCGAAGAAUUAUAUUCGCGUGCUAGUAGCAGCAACAUCGAUGAACCCGGGUUAGCUAGAUUGGCCGCUCAAGAUGCAGGCAUCAUCCAAUGUUCACUCCUUCGCUUCCUCGGAAAGCGCCAGAAGGGGGAACCGAGUGAAAAAGAAAAAAAUGCUGUGUUCAAGUAUCUCCGCCAGGUUACUCAGCUUCUUCGCAAGGCGAAGAAAACCAACAGGUAUUCCUGGAAAAGGUACUUGAACGCCAAGCCCCCAAGAAACGGCGAAUAUCAUGAGCAAACAGAUUCAGUUCGCUCAGCUAUCAAACGCUCGCUCAUCACUCUCAGAAAACGCGUCAGUAGAGGUACACGAAGACUUGCUCACAAAAUUAGGAGUGAAGCAGCUAAAAGGCUCUUGGGAAUCCGGAUUUUCAAUAUUCUGAGAGGUCCUGAGUUUCUCCGAACACUGCACUUAGCUGCGGUGGAGGCGUUUGCCGACCAAGCUCUGUUUCCUAGCAGUGUUCUCAUCCAUCCUACUACCCUAGCUGCUUUUACACGCAUCCGCACCCUCAUAAAGUUUGAAGUGCUUCCUAUUAUGGACCGACCUGAGGGAGCUGAGAUCAUAACGCAGAUGAAAAUGAUGCCGACGCCGUCUCCGGCAAUGAAAAGGCUGAUAGAACGCUUCGAAGCCCAGCUGAGAGCAGCCAAAACAAAGUUCGGCCCAUCAUACAGGCGUCACGUAAGGCAGUGUGCAGGCUACCUUUGGCUUCUUAAUAUUGCUUCGGCAGCUCCGGCAUACGCUAGCACUAAUCUACCCCGUUUGUUUUCUCGUUUCGUUUCCAUCAUUGACGGCCCGACAGAAGAGCGUAGAGGCGAGUACCUCAUUACCCGGCGAAGCCUCGCUUACUUGGAACAGGCAGGGAUGAAGCUUGUCCUCAAAGCUGGCGAUGCUGUGGCUUUGCUGGAAAAAUCCUCAGUGGAGUCACGAGGGGAAGCCUUUGUUCACCACACCCUGGGACUGAGCAACAUAUCGCCAGCAAGCCUUCCUCUGGCUGCAGCCGGACGAAAACUCCACCACCCUCGACUUGGACACCCUAGCUUACUUCUUUUCUGCAGCUUGGCGAUCCCAACGGUUGCAGACCCGAAUUUCCAGAGCAGGCGAUUAGCAGGCUUGAAGCAGAUGAAAGAGCUGCAGAAGUUGUCGGUUACUUCUGAAUCUCCCCUAUAUUUCCAAAUUAACAGAGAGGCAACCUCAGAAGGUCUUGAUUUCCAUGACUUGGAGUCUCUCAUUCGUGUAGCCCAAAAUGUGCAGCUUCGCAGUGAAGCUAGUCAGAAGAUUGAGCUGACUGCUGCUUUCCUACUGCACGCACCACUUAUGAAAGGAUUGGAAAUCAUGGGUCUGGUUAACGAGACUGUGGGAAGCAAAUUUGGUACCUCUCCCUUGCAGUGUACACCAGAAGACAAGAGCUCUGGAACCUGGUACACUAUACCUAUCAACGGAUCUAGCCGCCUGCGCAUGCUAACCUCAUUGUUAAUCCAGCUGGGGGACGCAGAGGAUGUACUGGAACGUUUGGAGGCAUCGAACAUGGCUGCUGUGAGUGCAGACGGAGGAUUUUCGGAAAGCUUCGCAACAGUGACCACUCUCAAAACCGAGGCGCCACCACAAUUUAGUACAGAUGGGGAAAGGUCUGGGAGCAUCGAAGAAGAAUCAAAAAGUAGAAAUACGCAAAUAUCGGAACAAAAUGUUUCUUCUGGGAACGAUUCCGAGAACGAAGGCACCUGGACACCGCAGCUCUCAGUUGACAGAGAACAGAACGGGAAGCCUUCAAAAACUAAUGUGAAUACGGCGCCUUCAAUGGACUUGCGCCCACCUGCGGAGUCAAAAGCGGAGCGGCCUGGGAGGGACUACAGUAGUGAUUACCCCUUCAAGAUGGCUAUCAAGGCUGAUCAAGAGGGCCUGCGUAACGCGAAGGCGACAGUUCAACAUUUGAUGCAGCAGGCUUCCUUAUUUGAAGCUCACUCAUCAGCAUUUGCCUCAAUUUUCCACACCUUAAUUUCAAUAGCACAGCUUCCCUCUCGCCUAUAUAAUUCAGUCUCCACCCGCUUCGUCGACAGCCUGGCUACUGCUGCCCUUGGCCGGCCGUGGAGGACGCAGCGAAAGUGGAAGCUGCGCUUGGGGUGGCAAAAGCGUAGGAGCAUACGCAGAAGAACAGCACUCCGCCGACCUUUUGGGGGUGGGCAAACCGAGUAUGCAGCAUCAGCAGCAAACAGUGUAAACAGAUCCUUUUCAACUGUGCUUUUGCCGUUCUCGAUUAAGGAAGCCUUGGGUGACAUCCGCAAGAAGUGGAAACGCCUUUUGAAAACCGAUUAUUUGGCCGUCAUCAGCGCAGCGUGCAAGCAAGAUGCCGAUCUCUGGCUGAAAGAUGAACUUGAGGCAAAUGGACGUGCAGUUGGGGAGGCUGCAGAACAACGACAAACUGUGGACGCCAUGACCACAAAUGAACAAUUUAAGAAAACUCACGAGAGCCGACAGCAACUUUGCGUCCACCCACUAUGGUUUGAACUGCGCGCUAGAAUAUUUGUGGAACAGGACAUGUUGGAAGCCGAACGACUUUUCUCCUAUUUCGUCCGCAUGGGGAUCGAGAACUCCAAAUUAGUUCAGCAGUCUGCAGACCAAGCUCUGCUCGAUCAUCUGUGGGAACAGUUGUUGGAGAUGGGCGUGCUAGGGGAUAAAGCUUCCCCCGAGGCAUCGGCAGCUGUUCGUGGGCGGCUCCAACAGGCAGUGGAGAGCGUAAGCAAGAAGCGUCCAUUCAUGGCGAUCGAACCUGUGCGUGAAUUGGUCAUCGGAAUGCUCGAACACUUGCUGCAAACGCCAAACAUGGCCAAAGAAGGGCUCCGCGAAAUGCUGGAGCAGCUUCAGGUGUUGGCUAUGGAGCGUGCCGCUGCCUUCUUACUAAGCAAGGCAGCCGGCGUUGAACAAGAUGUAGCGGAAGACGCCGUGAAAAAUCUCAUUCGUCCUCAACCUGAAGAAGGCACUCGUGAAUUUGUUCCUGGAGAGGGCCCACGCGCAUCCAAUCUGCAGGCGUGGUUAAUCCAGAUGUACUUUGUCGCUGAUCCGCUCUUGUUGCUUUCGCGACCCUCAAUUUUUAAGCCCGUUGUGGUCCUCAUCGAAAUUAUCAACAAAACAACGCGUAAGCCUUACACGGCUUUGCCUUGCUGGGAGCCACAGGUCCUGUCAGCUAACGCGUAA